CAUGUUAAGGGUGUCGGAAGGUCAGGGGACUCGCCUACCCAAAACCAGAGCGGCCCAAAGGAGCACUCUGACCAGUGUUCUGCAGUUUUUAGAAUCUCGUCCGGCGGCCCACGCUCCUCGCUCACACCGUACCCCGGGCCUGCAGACGCCUCCACCCAGACGCCUCCUUUCCUCUCUCCCACAUGGCCCCCACGGCAUGCUGGGAAAACGCAGUUACCAUCACCACAGCAGGGCUGAGUCUGAUAGGCGCUCAGAGAACCCAGGAACAACAGGUGGACCCCUCCUGCAUAACGGCCGUAACAGCAGCAGUGGAAACACCCGAGGAGGAGUCAUGAUCCGUAAGAGACGCCCUAACUGGAUCGAUGCCCCUGAUGACAGCUUCUUCCUCGUCACCCGGGAGACCAGGAGGGCCAGACGGUUGCUGUCCCGCUCCCAGCUGAGGCACGCCUGCCGGCAGCCCUGCGAGCAAAUCACCCUGCGCAGGGUCUCCCAGGGCCCACCUCAGGGGCUCGUCCUUGCUCCUCCACACCCUCACCCCAGCUUGAGGAUGCGAGGCCCCAUCGUCAUCCACGACUGAACACUGGACACUCCAAAAAACCCCAACCCUGCUUCAUAUACACUAACAGAUUCUUCACCUCCUUUGCGUUUGAUCCUUCAAUACUGUUACCAUGACGACACUAUCCGUCUGAUCGGAAAUGGAGGGAUGUGAUGAGCCGUGAUGCAAUAGAUACACCUGCACUUGCCUGCAAGUGCUACCUGUCCUUCAUCCCAUGGGAA